ACCAAUUGAUUAGUACUUAAAGGCAAGAGUCUAUGAGAUGAUCACAACAAUUAACUUUCACCAGUAAAUAAAUUGAUCACCAAUAGUUAAAUUAACUUUUCUCCAUCAAGAACAAUGUAUUCAAAAGUGUUCCUAAUUUUUUUAAUUGUUCUCACAAUUAACAAUCAAGUCUCUGCGGAUGAAACAAUUAAGUUUAUUGUCAAUGUUGAUGAAAUCAAAGACGAAUCUGUAAUCAUUAAUGUUACAGGUCCAAGUGAAUUGGAAGAGACAAAAUUUGGAUCGAUUCGUGUAAUUAAUCAACUUUUAAUUGAUCAACAAUCAACUACUGAUGUGAACAAGACCAAAGUUAAAGGUAACAUGAAGAGACAAAUUUUGAAUGAAAUAAAAAAAGGAGAUUAUUUUUUCCAGCAAAUGAAAUUAGUUAACCUGAAACCUAAUCAACGCUACCUAAUUAACUUAAUCGCAAUUUAUGGCAACAAAUCAUUCAACAUUGAUCUCAUUGAUUUAACAACUAAAUCAAAAUCGCCAAUCACUUUAAAUAAUCAACAAGUUUCCAUAAGAUUUGAUGGAAUCGACGUCGUUAAUUAUUUCGCUCAAAUUUAUCGGAUCAAAUCCAGUAAUCCUAAUCAAGAGACUAAUUGUAUCCUAGAAAUUAAAAUGUCCCCAUGCUUUGGAUCUCAAUUACAAUUACCCAAUGAUUUGAAAAAUGGUGAAAAAUAUUUAAUCAAAAUUUGGUACAUUGAUAGUAAAGGUCAACAAUCAGAGCCGAAAAUCAUUGAACACUUUUGGGAUGAUUAACUAAUAACAAUUUAAAUUUGCCUCUGAUUAAGUGUUGAAAUUGACACUGAUUGUCAGUCAUGAUUGAUGUAAAAUUGAAACGUCAUUAAAGACAAUUUAAUAGUAACAAUUAAAGGAAAUUGAAUUGUGAUUACAA